GCGCCCCAAGGAGGCUCCUGAGGGUACUUUGGGGCAGAAAAUGGGGAUUAAGAGAAAAAAAAUGGGGAAUUUUGGGCUCUAACUGGACUUUUUCGGCGCCUCGUGGCGUUUUGGCACCGUUUCCGGGCAAUUCCGGCAGACGCUGCAGCACUUUUGAGGCGGUGUCGCCGCCAUUUUUCCUCCGAGAUGAGACGCCCCGGCCUGAUAGCAGCGCUCUGUGGUUUUUUGGUGACGUCAUUUCCGGCGACUCUCUGGCUCUUCCAGCGUGACUCGUUGGUUCCGGCGAGCGGCGAGCGCGGGUGAAAGUGACUUUGAGGACUGGCUAAUUAGCCAUGGCUGAGGACAUCAAGACCAAGCUGGCUCGUUACAAGACGGCGCCGUUCGACAGCCGCUUCCCCAACCAGAACCAGACCCGCAACUGCUGGCAGAACUACCUGGACUUCCAGCGGUGCCAGCGCGCCAUGGCCGCCCGUGGGGCCGAUGCCAGCCCGUGCCAGUGGUACUUCCGUGUCUACAAGUCCCUGUGUCCCACCUCGUGGGUGACGGCGUGGGACGAGGCCCGUGAGGAGGGGACCUUCCCUGGCAAGAUCUGAGCGUCCCCCACCCUCCCCCGGGUGACAUCGGUGACACCGGGACAGGGGGGAGGUGACACUGCCUGGAGGAGGGAGGGGACGCUGGUGUCACCCCCCCGGGGAGGGGACACGUGGUGGCACUGCCAAUAAAGGGUUAAAAACUGG